AUGCCUGCACCGCCAAAGCAGCGAAAGAUUGCCAUUGUAGGCAGCCGUUCUGUCGGUGAGGAAUGGAGCUUCAUGUCCCCUGAUAUCGCGAAAUUGGAUGUUAACGCCAGCUUGCUUCUCUUGACAGGGAAAUCAUCGCUUACUGUGCGGUUCGUGGACCAUCAUUUCGUAGAGAGUUACUAUCCUACGAUCGAGAACACGUUUAGUCGGAUCAUCAAACACAAAGGUCAAGACUUUGCGACAGAAAUCGUUGACACUGCAGGCCAGGACGAAUAUAGUAUCUUGAACUCGAAGCAUUUCAUUGGUAUCCAUGGCUAUGUGAUUGUGUACUCUGUGGCAUCUCGCCAGUCCUUUGAGAUGGUCACUGUGAUUAGGGACAAGAUUUUGAAUCAUUUGGGAGCGGACUGGGUGCCAUUAGUGAUUGUGGGAAAUAAGAGUGAUUUGAACGCAGAUCAGCGACAAGUCCAACUAGAAGAAGGCCAACAAUUGAGUCAGCAGUUCAACUGUGGUUUCACAGAAGCCAGCGCCCGUCUCGACUAUAAUGUUGCAAAGGCAUUCGAUAUCAUGAUUGGGGAAAUUGAGAAAUCCCAGAAUCCGUCGCAGCCCACAGGCGAUAGUAAGUGCACUGUCAUGUAA